AUGUAUGAAAACAUAAUAAUAAAUUACAUUAUGGAAAAUCAACAAUUUUAUAUGAGUUUGCAAUAUGAAGAGAAUGUUUCAAAUAGUGCUAAAAUAAUCAGGAACAUUUUAACAAGAGAGCCUGCAAAGGUAAAGAGCUAUGGUGAUCUGGAUGAAGUUGACGAUGAACCAUUUUUGCUGAAAGGAAAGUACAUAAAUGAGGAAGAAAUUAGAAAAGAAGUAGAUGAAAUUUUGAAGAAUCCAGAUAUUGGUAAACCAGAAACAAAAGAUACAGAUACUAAUAAAGCAGAUAUUAGUGAAGCAGAUCUGAGAGAGGCAGGUCCUAGUGGACUCUCAUCUAUGUUAAGAAGAAAACUAAAACUGAAUGAAACUAGUGAAGAUUCUGAUUCAGAUGAUUAA